CAUUUGUUUUCCCACCGCAUCUCGCGUUGACGCGUUUAUAGAUCAUUCAAACCCACGUCUAUACCAAAUAUCGUUUCUCCUAUCCUUGCCCCCGAACCCUGCGCAAGCACAAUCCCUUACAAAUUUCAAGAGCGGAAUUUGUAAAUAUGGUGGUCGAGUACGAGGAUGGCACAAAUGGGGAGGAGGGCGGAAUAACCGGCCCUGGUGCGCCUACACCCAUCCUUGCUUUGGAAGGCCUUGCAGGCUUGACGAAGCGCGACUGUCAACUUUUAGUUGAGGGAGGCUACCAAACCGUUGAAUCCGUUGCCUAUACUCCACGGCGAACUCUAGAACAGGUCAAAGGCAUAUCCGAACAAAAAGCCGCAAAGAUUCUUGCAGAAGCGUCCAAAUUGGUGCCUAUGGGUUUUACGACUGCAACAGAGAUGCAUCAACGAAGAAGUGAAUUGAUUUCUAUUACUACCGGAUCCAAGAAUCUGGAUACACUGCUUGCUGGUGGUAUCGAGACCGGCUCAGUGACAGAACUCUUCGGCGAAUUUCGUACUGGAAAAAGUCAGAUCUGCCAUACUCUCGCCGUCACGUGCCAGCUGCCGUUCGACAUGGGUGGUGGCGAAGGCAAGUGUCUAUACAUCGAUACUGAGGGCACAUUCAGACCAGUGCGGCUUCUUGCCGUAGCGAAUCGAUAUGGUUUGUCUGGCGAGGAAGUUUUAGAUAAUGUGGCCUACGCCCGAGCCUACAAUUCGGACCAUCAGCUACAACUGCUUAACCAGGCCGCCGCCAUGAUGUGCGAAACCCGAUUUUCCCUCCUUGUCGUGGAUAGCGCUACUUCUCUAUAUCGAACAGACUUCCUAGGCCGUGGAGAGUUGUCCUCUAGACAGACCCACUUGGCCAAAUUCAUGCGAACAUUACAAAGACUAGCCGAUGAGUUUGGAAUCGCCGUCGUUAUUACUAACCAAGUCGUGGCUCAAGUCGACGGUGGACCCAGCGCUAUGUUCAAUCCAGACCCAAAGAAGCCAAUCGGUGGCAACAUUAUUGCUCACGCAAGUACAACACGAGUCAGUCUAAAGAAGGGUCGAGGCGAGACCCGUAUCGCAAAGAUUUAUGAUAGUCCCUGCUUACCAGAGAGCGACUGUCUAUUUGCAAUCAAUGAAAACGGAAUCGGAGACCCAGCUCCAAAGGAUAUGGAAAAGGAUUAGUAGUUCUCAGUGUUUAUAUGUCAGAUGUGGCUAUUAGAUGUGGCAUCCGGCUACGGAGAACGAGAUGAUGACUACGGGAAAUGAUUGGACUCUAUGCGUAGGUGGCAUGCAUAGCUUAGGCGUUAGAAGGAUUGGCUGCAUACGUGGGCUUUGUGUUCAAUUUCCCCCCUUCAUAACCUUUACAGGUACCUAGCUACUACGUUUUUUACGUCCUGGGACCGUAGGAUUUAGAGGUUGAUUGCUUACAUGUAGGUAGCUGCGAAGUACCUACAUGGCUUCUACUCUUAUACCACACGGACCAGUUGCUUAAUCAAUUUGCCUGGUCAUCUUAGAUCAUUAAGCCUUGACAUUAAGCAGAUACCUGAGUACCUAGGUAGGUAGGCAUCGAUAGAUUUACUAGGGAAGUCCGGGAUUGUCACUAGCCCUGUCAUUACUAUGAGCUGCCACCAAAACCGUUAUAUAGUUGGGUCUAGG